UUUCAGUGUGUCGCAGGAAACGUUACAGUGUACACGCUACCGUUAUAUCUCUCCUUAUUUCUCACCAUGUCCGAGCACCAUCACGCCCACGGCCACUCCCACGGCCAGUGCGAUCACGCCCACGGAGGCCCAGUGCAGUGCGACCACAGCGCGGGCGUGGGCGGAGCAGAGUUCGACGAUCCGCUGUUUCAGAAGCAGGACUGGGGAGUCGAAGACUGGCUCGAGAUGUAUGAAAAGUUUCCAGACUCGAACGAAAAAGGACAACCUUCCAAGGUCUUGGUGAAGUACUUGAAGGAGAUCCUCCCCUCCGAGCCAGGGAGGGUGUUGCUCCCUCUGUGUGGGAAAAGUCCGGACCUCAGAUGGCUGUAUGACCGUGGAAACACUGUUGUGGGAAUUGAGUGCUCUGAGAAGGUGGUGAAAAACUUCUUUGAGACUUACCCUGAUCUCAAACAUACUGUCCAUGAUCUGCCCUAUGGUAAAGUCUACAAGAGUGAAGAUGAGCGUCUGCAAGUGUAUAUCUGCAAUGUUAUCCACAUCCCAGAGGGAGAACUAGGAGAGUUUGACGCGGUGUUCGACUGGGCUGCCUACACGGCCAUCAACACGAAGGAAAGGCAGAAGUAUGUCGACAUCAUGAAGUCCUGCAUGAGGUCUGACUCCAGGUACUUCCUUGAGGUGUGCCAUGACCUGGAGGAAGGCGCGAAGGGGACCCCGAACUCCAUCUCCUUCCGCACAAUCAAGCUGGAAUUUGGCUGGGACAGAAAAAUGAAGUUUUUGGAGACGAAGGAUAUCUCUGACGAAUGGAAUGUGAAGAGUUUCUUCAACACCUUCCUCAUGUUCGUUCCCAAUUAAAUGUUGUGUGUCACAUUUCCCCAUCAGCUCUUUGUUUGUAUUUUCAUUUUGUUGUUCUUUGUCACCUUUGUUUUCUUUUUUCUUUCUGAAUUCAAGUAAUUUUAUUUUUCUUUGUCUUUUGACCUCUUGAUUUUUUCCUCUUGUUUUUCUUCUAUAUUUCUCAGAUUCUCUUUUCAUAUUUAGUAUAAUUUGGAUAUCUUGUAAAGUUGAAGGCAAGGAGUUAUGUAUUUAAUUCCUGUAUGAUUGAUAAUAGAUUCAUUAUCAGUUGAUGUUGAUUGUGAACAUAAUUGUGCUUUCCAUGGUCAUUGGUUCCAUAUUUUCUAUUUACAAUGAUAUUGAAACACAAAAUAAAUUUAUUGAUUUUGGCUCUCAGGUAUGUAAAUGAAGCAGGUAAAAUGAUGUUCACAAAGAAUGACAGAUAUUAAAGGAAACACAACUAUAUUCUGUAACAAAUCUGCAUUUUUAUGAACCAUCUUUUAUAUAAUGUCCUAUUUUGCAAGAGUUAUGCAAGAGUCCCAUAAUGUGCAGUGAUAGGUUCCCGUGAAGUUCAAAAUGGAAUUAUCUUAAUGAUCUAUGGUUAGAUAUUAAUCAUAUUUACCUACAGAUGUUAAUAUAGUGCAAAUUAAAGUUCCUUUAAUUAGCAUCUUGAUGUUAGAGAAAUUAAUGGAUGAAAGUCACUAUAUAUUUUUGUUACUGUCAUUAUUAUUAUCAUUACUGCUCUAAUAACCAAUGUUUGAGUUAUAUGUAUUUGUGCUGAAAAUUAGAAAGUUCAUGUGACAUUGGUUUUGUAAAAGAUUUUGUAUUAUUUCACAAAAUCAAAUGGUUACUGUAUAUGGUCUAUUGCAGCAUAUUGAUUUUAGAAAUGAAAUACGAACACUCAUUUAAUUGAAUCUGCAUUUAAGGGUUUAUAUACUGACAACCAAAGGGUUAAAAAAAAAGCAUGAAAUGACAAAAGAAACAUGAUAUUUUAAAUUGCAUGUAUUAUGAAAGUAACAUUUUUGACCGUGAUUUGACCAAUAUAUUUAUACUUUUACACAGAAGUUCAAAUGACAUUAUUGAGUUUUUGGUAGAUUUUGUAUGAUUUAAAAUAAAAAAACAAUUGGUUAGAGUAUAUGAUCUAUUGUGGCAUUUUAAUUGUUGAAAUAAAAUGUCUGAUUAAAUCUU